AUGAGCGGAGCCGCGGGCUGCCGGGGCGGCGGCGGAGAGCGGGGGCCUCGCUGGAGGAGACCGUGGAAGCUCCUGGCCCUCGGCCUCCUCUCCGCCUCCUCCGUGCUGGCGGCCGCGCCGGGCGCCGGGGCCAUGAGCAAGGAAGAGAAACGGCGGCUGGGAAACCAAGUUCUGGAAAUGUUUGACCACGCGUAUAGCAAUUAUAUGGAUCAUGCCUAUCCAGCUGAUGAACUCAUGCCUUUAACUUGUCGUGGACGGGUGCGGGGUCAGGAGCCAAGUCGUGGGGACGUGGAUGAUGCCCUGGGAAAGUUCUCCCUGACCUUGAUUGAUACCUUGGACACUCUUGUGGUGUUAAAUAAAACCAAAGAGUUUGAAGAGGCUGUAAAAAAAGUAAUCAAGGAUGUUAAUUUAGAUAACGACAUAGUUGUGUCUGUCUUUGAAACCAACAUAAGAGUCCUUGGUGGUCUCCUUGGUGGGCAUUCAGUGGCAAUUAUGCUGAAAGACAAAGGUGAAUACAUGCAGUGGUACAACGGCGAACUUCUGCACAUGGCAAAGGAGCUGGGCUACAAGCUUUUACCUGCCUUUAACACCACUAGUGGUCUCCCUUACCCAAGAGUUAAUUUGAAGUUCGGUGUAAGACAUCCAGAAGCACGAACAGGAACAGAGACUGAUACCUGCACAGCUUGUGCAGGUACCUUGAUCCUGGAGUUUGCAGCUUUAAGUCGAUUCACAGGAACAUCUAUAUUUGAGGAAUACGCACGGAAAGCUCUUGACUUCAUUUGGGAAAAGAGGCAGCGCAGCAGCAAUUUGGUGGGUGUUACAAUUAAUAUUCACACAGGAGACUGGGUCCGCAAAGAUAGUGGAGUUGGAGCGGGAAUAGAUUCAUAUUAUGAAUAUUUAUUAAAAGCCUACGUCCUGUUGGGAGAUGACAGUUUCCUGGAAAGAUUUAACACGCACUAUGAUGCCAUAAUGAAGUACAUUAGCCAACCACCUCUCCUUCUUGAUGUUCAUAUUCAUAAGCCAAUGCUAAAUGCUAGGACCUGGAUGGACUCUUUGCUGGCUUUCUUCCCAGGACUGCAGGUAUUGAAGGGUGAUAUUAGACCUGCUAUUGAAACUCACGAGAUGCUGUACCAAGUUAUAAAGAAGCAUAACUUUCUUCCUGAGGCUUUCACAACAGACUUCAGAGUUCACUGGGCCCAGCAUCCUUUAAGGCCUGAAUUUGCUGAGAGCACUUACUUCCUGUAUAAGGCUACGGGGGAUCCUUACUAUCUAGAAGUAGGAAAAACACUCAUUGAAAACCUAAACAAGUAUGCAAGAGUGCCUUGUGGGUUUGCUGCAAUGAAGGACGUUCGUACGGGAAGCCAUGAAGACAGAAUGGACUCUUUCUUUCUGGCUGAGAUGUUUAAAUAUCUUUACCUGCUGUUUGCUGAUAAGGAAGACAUGAUAUUUGAUAUAGAAGAUUAUAUAUUCACUACAGAAGCUCAUCUAUUACCACUCUGGCUUUCCACCACAAACCAAACCAUCUCUAAAAAGAAUACAACUACAGAAUACACAGAGCUGGAUGACAGCAACUUUGACUGGACCUGUCCGAACACUCAGAUCCUCUUCCCAAAUGACCCAAUGUUUGCUCAGAGCAUUCGUGAACCUUUGAAAAAUGUGGUGGAUAAGAGCUGUCCUAGGAGUAUUUCAAGAGGAGAAGAGAGCUUGGGAAGUGGACCAAAACCACCCCUGAGAGCCAGAGACUUCAUGGCCAGUAAUCCUGAGCAUUUGGAGAUACUGAAGAAGAUGGGAGUCAGUUUGAUUCAUCUUAAAGAUGGAAGAGUGCAAUUAGUGCAACAUGCAGUGCAAGCAGCAAGUUCACUUGAUGCUGAAGAUGGCUUACGGUUCAUGCAGGAAAUGAUUGAACUCUCCAGUCAGCAGCAGAAAGAGCAGCAGUUACCUCCUCGUGCUGUUCAGAUAGUUUCCCACCCAUUUUUCGGUAGGGUGGUCUUGACUGCUGGACCAGCACAAUUUGGAAUGGAUUUAUCUAAACACAAAUCAGGGACAAGAGGAUUUGUUGCAACCAUUAAGCCGUAUAAUGGAUGCUCAGAGAUCACUAAUCCUGAGGCAGUGAAAGAGAAAAUUGCCCUGAUGCAAAGAGGCCAGUGUAUGUUUGCUGAAAAGGCACGAAACAUUCAGAAAGCUGGAGCAAUAGGAGGCAUCGUUAUUGAUGACAACGAGGGAAGCAGCAGUGACACAGCUCCUCUCUUCCAAAUGGCCGGUGAUGGAAAGAAUACAGAUGAUAUCACAAUCCCCAUGCUCUUCCUCUUCAACAAGGAAGGAAAUAUUAUACUGGAUGCAAUCAGGGAGUAUGAGGCUGUGGAGGUGCUCCUUUCUGACAAAGCAAAAGAUAGAGACUUGGAAAUGGAGAAUAUGGACCAGAAAUCAUCUGAAAAUGAUUCACAAAAACAAAAUUCAGAAGAAGCUUCUUCAGCAUCUCAGGAUGUUGGUGCAGUUGGUGAGGAGCCUGAAGAAGGAGAAAGCUCUGACGUUUCUGACCCUGAUUCCUUAUCUCCUGCUCAGGCAGACAGUGACAGCAUUUCCACUUCAGAUCAGGAUUCCUCCAUCCCUGGACCUGGUGAGGCUGAUGCUUCAGAGCCAGCAUGCACGCAAGGGGAUGAGCAGCCUCAGGAACAGCAGAGUGAGACAGAGCCAGACUCCAAAGUUAACUGGGACAAUAGAGUACAACCUAUGGAAUCCAUAUUAGCAGACUGGAAUGAAGAUAUAGAAGCAUUUGAAAUGAUGGAGAAGGAUGAACUAUGACUUGUAGUAAUAACUUAUUUGCUAGUAAACGAAUGGAGAACUCUUUGGGUAGAAGUGAGGCCUGAUAACUGAGAACUAGAAAACAUAUUCAGUAUUGUGAUGAGCAACCAGGUUUCACCUGGAAAUUAUCAUAGAAAUCCAGCACGCGCUCUUUGUUUUAAUUUUUCCUGUUUAAAAAUGGGAAUGUGCAAUUGAAGCACUCGUGUGGCCCCACUGCGCAGUGCUGUGUCCCAGGAGGUUUGCUCAGGGAGAGAGCCUGACUUCUGCCUGCCAGGUGCCCAGAGGUGAUGCUGCCUCGGCCUCUGGGAGGCACAAGUUGAGCACGUGGGGCUGCCAGCACCAUUCAGCAGCCACCAGCGGGAGCAGCUGGAGGCAGCAAGACAGCUGCUGCCCUGCUGGGAACGGAGCUGUGCCUGGUUUCCCUGGCCCCCCCCCGGCCCCCCCCCCCCCGCUCUGAAGGCCUUCCUCGCUAGCAGCAGGUGAAGCGAUGUCUCCAGUUGCUGCAUCUGUAAGACACAGGUAGAAGCAGUUUGGUUCUGUUCUGACGCAUUGCACCCAGACACAGUGGUGUUGCUCGUUGCUCCUUCCAUCUGCUGCGUGAAGAAUGACUGAGAUGGCCCGUGAGCUUUCUCUCCUGCUAAAUUCAGCUGGUGAAGCUGCACAAACCAAAGGCAGUGUGUUUUGUAAGCAGGUGCUGUCAGGGAACGAGGAUAGCCUGCUUCCUUUGGGGCUGCCACAUUAAGGUUGGCGGUGUGCUAUGAAAGUUACAUGUGAGGUGAAGGUAAAGAGAUUGGGGCAAACGGUGAGCCCUGCAGGUUGGAAAACCCAACCUACCCGAGGCACAGUUUCACCUGGCGGUAUUCCCUGAAUGCACACCAAGCAGAAUUAGAUUUGCUGUAACAAAAAUCUUCCUUUUUUUCCCCAAGUUUUACUUCUAACAGCAGCUUCUGUAGCAUGAUGCUUCGGGCAGUGAGGCUGGUGCAGCAGUGCAGUGCAGCAAUGGGGGCUGUCGAGCCCACAGCCCGGGCUGCAGCAAUGGGAGCAGCGAGGAUGGCUGCUGUGCUGCUCUGGGCUUUGGGAGCGUGUCCCAGCUGAGCGAUGGUUGUUAUCCCCCUUACUGCAAUGGAAGCAGGGUUAUUGAGACAGCCGAGAUGUCCCUCGUCCAAAGAAACUGCCAAAAGGUCAUUCAGUUGAUUUAUAUAAACUGCUUUUAGAGAGUCGUGGCUCAAGGAAUUGUUUUAUAUUAGAAAAUAAAUGAACACUGCCUGUACGCUGCGCCAGACUAGAAAUGAAGGUUUCUAUUGGUCCUUAAGAUAUUUUAAAGGAAAAAAAGUCCCAGUCUGAAGUGCACCUUUCUUUUAGCUGGUGAAUAUGCAACUGUUAUUAGUACAGCCAUACUGUAUUUAUUUGUGUAUACUCCUGUACAGUAUGAAUGGAAAUCCCGGGCAAACGCUGUAUACAUGUGUAUGUGACGACACUGCUUUCAGGAGCUGCGAGUGCCCAGGCACCUUUUGGGAGCAUGGCAGUCAGAACCGUGUGCGUAAAUUGAAUGAUAAUGUUAAACCAUUGGAGGAGGAGGUGAUUUGGAGGAGGAAAGAAAGAGGUAGCAGAAGAGUGAAUAAGCGUCCUUCUAAAAUAAAUCAGCUUUCCGGUGUAGUUAUUCCUUUGCACAAAUAGCUGUGUGGAGGUUUGAGCUGAGUGCUUGCAGCAGCCGAGGUUUUUCAGCUGGGGGAUUUUGUAUUGAUGUGGGUAUUUUUUUUUGUUGUUGUGACGUGGGUUUCCUCAUGGAAGGGGUCAGACCAUAGGAGCCAUAAGUGCCCUUUGUUAGUGGAGCUGUGAGCCCAGCAGCAGGCUGGGUGUCAUCCCAUGGGUCUCUGCCUGCCUGUACCAUGGCAGAGUGCUGCUGUUCUCAGUGCUCUCUAGCAUGGACUGCACCUUCAUGCUGGGUAGUUCUUUUGGGGGAAGCAGGGUUAUAUUUUCUAGGUAUAGAGGUCCUCUGAUCAUGGUGUUAAUUAAGUCUGUCGAUGUUGCAAUGCAAGCUUACGGUGGUGUGUCUUUGUUAACCUGCAGAAAGUUUAGGUGUAAUAGCAAAAUUUUCCUAAAAGCUGAGCUUCCCUUGGCACCACAGGCUCGCCUCUGGCUGCUCAUCCGCACCCAUGGCCAAAGCAGCAAACAGCCCUUUCCCUGGAUGUGGUGCAGGGUGUGGGUGUCCUGGCGGUGGCCGUCUGCAGGUGCCCAUCACCUCCCUCCUCCAGGACUGUGUUUUUGUUCUGCUCUGCUUGGAGGUGACCACGAGAGCUGCAGGGGAGAGGUGUACAGACCUGGUCAGUGGAAGCGACCUCUUGAGAAAGAAAGAAGGGUGAGGGGGGCGGUUCAAUUCGGGUUGUUUUCAUUUGGUGUUUCCUUGAGAGGAGGUGGCAUUAGUUGACCUUCUCGUAUCAUGUUGAAAGUAGUUCGGUUUUCUGUCACUCUCAUCUUAAAAAGCAAAAAGAAUGCAUUAAUUAUUUUUGUAAAUCAUCUUCCGGAGAGGAGAGUAAGUGUUCUUUCUGGGUUGUCUGCUCCACGUGGAGCACUGCUCGUCCAUUGUUCAUCAGCAGCUGCCCUUCGUUUUGGGUAUUGCACAUUGGUUUGUAUAGCGUUGAACACUGAAUUCAGGAAUCCUGGCUGGAGCCACGCUUACUCCGUGCCAUGUAAUUCAGAUCAGCCAAUUUGAUAUUAGAGGAAUUUUUAAUUGUUUACACGUGUUGUUUCUCAAAGAAUUUAAAGCCAGAGCCCAGCUUUUUCUCCUCCUCUUGAAGGCAUUGCUCAUGGAAAAGCAUUUGGUGAGAAGUUAGAAACGGGCCGUGGUGUGCAGAGCCGUCACUCAGAACAUAGAGAAACAUUCUGUGAAUGAAAUAUUGUAUGUUCAGAUUUUAUAGGAUUUUUUUUCUUUUUAGCCAGCCCGAUUUACAGCCGUAUAUUUUCUUAUGGAAGAUGUCUACUAACAGGUGCUGUAACACUUCUGUUGGGUUUUGCUGUCUGGUGGUAAGCAUAUACAAUAUUUCUAAGGGCAACGAUGUACUGUGAUGUAAAAGGUUGGGCUAAAAUGUAUAUAAUCUGUGUACAUAAUUGUGUACUUGAUUAUAACUGCUGAUUGUAAAGAUUUAAUAAAAUGUAAAUAUUCUGGUCAA